CCGGAGUUGGUAAUUUUGUGAUGAGUUCUAAGUUUUUAAGAUAGAAUUUAGAGCAGGACAGGUUAUUUCGUCGUAGUAUUGUCGACAAUUUGUAUUAAAAUAUGGAGGAUGUUCUUGAAGAGGUUGUUUCUUCUGAAGAUUUGCAGAAAUUUGAACGUAUAUAUCAUGAACAGCUGCAUUCAUCUUUUGUAACACAAAAAGCACAAUUUGAAUAUGCAUGGUGUCUUGUUAGAAGCAAAUAUCCUGCAGAUAUUGGGAAAGGAAUUAUUUUAUUAGAAGACCUAUUUUGCAAUCAUGGUGAUAGUGAAAAACGAGAUUGUCUAUAUUAUUUGGCCAUUGGAAAUGCCAGAAUAAAGGAAUAUACAAAAGCUUUGCACUACAUCAGAGAAUUUCUUCACAUUGAACCUGGAAAUCAACAAGUUCAACAUCUGCAAACAUUGAUCAAGAAAAAAAUGGAAAAANNNGGUCUUUAUGGUAUGGCCAUUGCAGGAGGGGUUAUUAUUGGUAUUGUAAGUAUUCUCGGCCUCAGCAUGGCGAUGGUCAAAAGAAACUAAUUAAUACA